AUGGAUUGCACUGGCUCAGCCUUAGCCAACGCCGAUGUCAAGUUUAUCGCAUCACGCAACACGCAACUCAGAGAAGUCCUUCUGCACAAGGCAUCGAACAUCAGCGACAAAGGCAUUGUUGGAGUUCUUCAAAAUUGUGCUUCGGUAUCCAUAAUAAGGGUCUCCGGAACCGAGCAUAAACCAGGACCUGUAGCUGGAAACUUCGCCGGGUUUCUCAACCAGCCAGACAUUGUCAAUUCGCGUACGAACCUCAGAGCUAUCUAUCUUGAAGACCAAUCGACAGAUGAGUUGGUGAUCAAAGGUGUCUCCAAGAAAUGGCGUAAUCUCGUCAUCUCCACCGCAACCAUUGUGGGAGGCCGUGUGCAGUCGUGCUAUUGGCUUGGGGGCAAGCGGUUGAAAGGGGGAGAAGAAAGGGCUAUUGAACACAUGGGAUAUCCGCUGCCAAACGUAGAUGAAGAUACAACAUCACUAGGCAGGGGCUCAUCGGAGCACGAACAGUCGAACGCCAACGCUUCGCGCCAAGCGCCCUCGAGAUCCGUCCAGGCCGAUGUUGACAUGUCCGAUAUACCAGAAGGAAACAAUUCCGACGACAGUGAAGCGGAGAGUGACGGCGAGGAAGAAGAAGAGGGUAGCGAACUCGAAGAAGACGAAGAAGAAGACGACGACGACGAAGACGACAACGGCAGCGAGUGGGAAUCAGACGACAGUGAUGAUAUUGAUGACCCUGAGGAGGAGGCAUACUUCCGUGACAUAUACCUCGGUCGUCGUACUGAACCAGUGUACGAACCGUACGAAUCCGCUGACGUCCCACCUUCGAGGAUGCUGUACUACGGUUCGAAGGAAGCCUGGGAGACUCGAGGGCUUGCCGACAUCAAACGUACUGGUAUCCAAAAGAUACACUUCACCGAUGACCUCUGCGUCACUGACAUACAUUUCAACACUAUAGCAGCUGCCUCUCCCGAAUUUCGCAAAUCCUUGCGCACCAUUGGUUGCGGGAAUGGGGCCGUUUCCGACGCAGCUGUGGCCAACCUCACGCGCGCCGUCCCAUCUCUCAGGGAUAUCUACUUCAGCGAAACGCGCAGCCUCACCGACAAUGCGAUAACCUCCAUCGUCAGGAACUGCCCCGGAAUUGAGCGCAUAGCUAUAUCCGGUGACGACAGGUCGUCGGGCAGCGUCAACUGCCGUGGUCUGGUAGAUGUGCUGGCGGACACGACAGUUGCGAAGAAACUGAGGCAUUUGGAACUAUGGGAUCAAAGACUCCAUAUGAAGAGCGUCAAGAAGAUUUCGAAAGCGAGGCCAAGAAUGGCUAUCGUAGAUGGUGAGACUGUGGGGGAUAGUAUGGCCGCGCAGAUGGUUGCCGCGCAGACUGGUGGCGGGUAUAUGCAUGUCUAUCUUGGUGGGUAUCCAGUAGAUACCGGUGGUGGUUUUGGACCUGAAGACUUUGGAUUAGACGGUCUUGAGUUCGAGGAGUUUGGAUAUGGAGGACAUGGAGAUUUCGAUUCUGAUGGCAUGGAUGAUUACAUGUAA